UUAGAAUUGAACAGCCCUACUAGUUCCUCUUCUCCUUCAUUUAUCAAUGGCUUUCGCUGGAUUACGCAAAUGGCCCACACCUUUCGCUCGCCCAUUGUGGCCUUUCAUGGUGGCAGGCUCUAUCACCAUCUAUUUCGUUGGUAAAAUUCAAGACAAAGCCGUCCGAUCUCCAGAAUACGCCAAACACCCGAAGAAUCCCUACGCAGCCCAAAUUGCUGCAGAGUCUCAUCAUUAGAAACCAAGCUAUGGCUGUCGAAGUAUUGGGGUAGAUGGCAGAAUAGAAUUGAUUUUUUCUUCUUUUCGACCUUCUUGUGACG